UUCACUUUCAAUUUCCAAAAUACCCUUUCCUUUUAAGGUUAUGUUUUCUGUGAGUAAAUAAUAGGUUGUGAAUAAUAAAUUUAAAAAAUUAUUAAUUAAAUAAAGGAAAAGCCUUUGUAUGUGUAAAAAUAUUGUUCUUAAUAUUCGUUAUGGGAAAGAAAAGUCAAAAUAAACCACAAGCUAAAAAUGUUGCUCCUAACCAAACAAAACCAAAUCAAGGCUCUGCAACAACUAAGAAGAACUGUAAUAAACUGUCUCCUCAAAAACGAAAUGAAGUAAACCAGUUGGUUGAUAAACUACUUAAAGUGUCAACUGCAGUUCACUCAACCACAUCGUCAAGUGCCAAAGAUUGGGAGACACAUUUAGAAAUUGAAAAAAUACUAAAUAAGAUAAAUGUAAUAGAAUCUGAGCUCAAGCUUCCAUUGCCAAAUCGUACUGAGAGCUCACAAGAGGCUCUGCUGACAUGGUUGGAGAACAAUUCAGCCGAGGUGAAUGGAGUUGGUAUACAGGAGUUCCAUGGGCAGGGCCAGGGGCUGGUGGCGCUACGAGAUGUAUCGGUGGGGGAAAUGAUGGUGGCAGUACCACGCAGACUCAUGAUUACUGUUGAGACCAUCCAGUCUUCUAAACUAGGAUAUCUAUUAGCCAACGAGACGAUGCUGAAGCACAUGCCCAAUGUAGCUUUGGCCCUGUUUUUGUUGCUGGAACGGUUUUGUAAGGAUACCCCGUCUUUCUGGGCUCCCUACAUAGAAAUGCUGCCAUCCACAUAUACUACAGUGCUUUAUUUCUCUGCUCAAGACUUGCAGGAGCUCAAAGGAUCUCCCACUCUGGAAAGUGCUCUGAAGCAGUGCAGGAACAUCGCACGGCAGUACGCUUAUUUUCACAAACUCUUUGAGAAUAUGGGAGACCCAGCCAGUGAAAUUCUGAGAGAUGUUUUCACGUACGAACAAUAUCGAUGGGCCGUGUCCACAGUGAUGACUAGGCAGAACUUCAUCCCCUCAGCGGACGGCUCCUGUAUGGUCAACGCUCUCAUCCCACUCUGGGACAUGGCCAACCACUCCAACGGCAAGAUCUCGACGGACUACAGUCUCGGAACUGACCGCAGCGAAUGUCUUGCCUGGAGAGACUUUAACGCCGGGGAACAGGUGUUCAUCUUCUACGGGGCGCGGUCCAACGCCGACUUGCUAGUGCACAACGGUUUCGUCUAUCCUGACAAUCUUCACGACAGUUUCCGGGUGCGACUCGGGGUGGCCAAGUCCGACCCUCUGGCCACGGAGAGGGGCCGCGUGCUGGCCCGCCUGGCGCUGCCCACGGCUGCGGACUUUGUGCUGCUCCGGGGCCCGCAGCCGGUGGAGGGCCAGCUCCUGGCUUUCCUCAGGAUCUUCAGCAUGCAGCAAGAGCAUCUAGAGCACUGGGCAGAAAGUGACAAGGUGUCAGAUCUGACUUAUACAGACUGUUCACUAGACACUCAAGUGGAGACCAAGGCUUGGACUUUCCUCAUGGCCAGGAUCAAGCUCCUGCAGAGCCUGUAUCCAACAACGCUUCAGGAUGAUUUGAAGAUAGUCACAGAAGAUAUGUCAGAAUGUCGUAAAUUGGCCAUUCAACUGAGAAUAGCAGAGAAGAGUAUCCUACAAUCUGCACUCGAGUAUAUACAGCUACGGGACAAACCUUAGUCUAUCCUGUAGCAUAUGUUUGCUUCAUCAAAUUCUAACACAAUUAAUUGUUUACUUUUUAUUUGCAAGCUUAUAACACUUUCAUUUGAAUCUUAUUAAUAACUCGUGCAUUUUUCCUUACCAUAUAUGUUCUUUUAAUGCUCGCUGUUCAGUAAUUUCUCUACUCUGUAUUGUAAUGUUUUUUUUUUUUUUUUUCGUUUGAACCAGGGUAGUUAA